GACGUGUGGUGAAUUGUGUUUCCAUUCCACUUCCUGCUUCCUACUGGCCAAUAGGCGCGUUCCCACUUUGUGUUGUGCACACGCUGUAACUGCCGAACGUUCACAGCUGUAGCAUGGGUCGGCAUCAGGAGAAUCCCGUGCGACUCUACUUUUCAUAUGAUCCCAUUUCCAACAAGUCCCGCUGCCAGAUUGAAGGAUGCUUAGCUGAGAUUGCGGGUAACCAUGGUGGCAAUUUGCAGCGGCACGUCCAGAGGAUGCACCCUUCUGUUUUUGCCACACUCCAUACAUCCACACGAGUUGAAGACCCUUCCACGGCAUCAGCUUCAGCCUACAAGAGGCCAGUUUCCAACAUGGAGAAUCAGGGGACAAUGGACUGUCUUGUUGCAAAACAACCACGGUGUGAAGCUGUCUAUAUCACACCAGACUCCCUCAGAGAAGCUUGUGUUGAGCUCAUUACUGUCAAUGGCCGACCCUUCUCUUUGAUGGAUGAUUCAGGAUUUAGAAGGAUAAUAGAUCCAUUGCUUGAGGCUAUAGACAAGACUGUCAUAAUAAAUAGUGAAACCGUUCGUACUAUGGUAUCAGAAGUGGCCGAAAGGGACCGUGAAAAGCUACGAAAUGGGCUCAAGGACAAACUUUUAAUGCUAAAGGUGGACAUUGCCACGUACAAAAACCGAUCAGUCCUUGGUAUUAAUGUCCAGUACACUGAAGGUGAGCAUAUUGUGCUCCUAACACUGGCUGUUAGGGAACUCCAUGAAACACACACUGACCGUUAUCUAUCUGCAGUUGUGCGCGAAGUCCUGAAGAUAUAUGCUAUUGAUUUAAAACAGGUUUAUUCCAUCACUAUUGAUGAUGGUGGAACAUUGCUAGAUGUAGAGUGCCUGGUGUCAGAAGAUAGUGAUAAAGAGGCAGAGCUUGAUGGAGUUGAUAGAGAUGAACAAAAACAUGCAGGUGAGACUGUCAUAGAUGGAAGUGGUGGACAGGCUUCAGAAAAGAGCAAUGAUUUCCUCACUUUGGACAUCUAUGAGACGUCAGGGAACGUGAAUGGAGAACUCCACAGUGUUGGGAAUGGGGGUCCAGUUCUGAAAGGCCGCAGAUGUUCUGCUCAUACCUUCCAGUUGGCUGUUGAGGAUGCUUUAAAAGACAGAAACACAUCUAACUUAAUUGCCAAGGCAAGACACGUUUGCGAGAAAUUAUGCACCGCAAAUGUGUCGGGGUUUCUGAGGAGACUGGGUCACACACAGGCGGUGGUCGACCAUCCUAACCGAUGGCUUUCGACUUUUGACAUGCUUGAGCGACUUUGCCUCUUGAAAACCUUCUGUGAAGACAUGGCUCCCACUAUUCCAGAGCUGUACUUAAACGAAUCCGAAUGGGAUGAGAUUAAUCAGCUGGUUUGGACUCUGCAGCCUGCAAAAAUGACAACAAAACUUCUCUUGUUGGAUCAGAUGACUGCCGGUGACUUCUUUGGUGCUUGGCUCAAAUGUAAAAUAGAAACUGACAAGAUAGGUGGCCCUUUCUCAGCCCUGCUAGUAGAGUGUUUAAACCGAUGCCAGCACAUGCUGUUUGAAAAUGAAGCAUUUCUGGCUGCCGUGUUCCUGGAUCCCAGGUAUAAAGUUCUUCUGACUGAAGCUCAGGUUGAACAGGCCAAAAGGCACCUGUGCCAAGCCUGGGGGAUGAUCCAGACUCUCACACCAAACACACAGCUGGCACCUCCCACGCAUUUACUGAAGAAACCUGGCACUAGUGAUGCAGAUGAUGAAAUUGAGCAGAUGCUUGUGGCAAGGGAGCGCGAGACUGGCAGCGAGGGUAUGAAGUGUAAAACGUCAGUGAUGUCAUCUCUCGAUGCAUAUGCAAGUCAAGAAAGGCUGAAGAGGGAGGAAAAUAUCUUCAGAUAUUGGUUGAAUACCUCUAUGAUCAACCCUGACUUGUAUAGACUGGCCAUUAAUGUAAUUCCUCUACCGGUCACACAAGUUAGUGUGCAGCGUACAGUCUCAGGCCUCAGAUAUAUCCUGUCUCUCAGACCUAGCAUGAGUAAUGAUGCCCUCGAAGAUGUUCUCUUUGUACGACUGAAUAGGCAGUUUAAGCAAACGGUGAGCUAGAGUGUUUCGCUUUGUUUGCUGCUGUUUGCGUUUACACAGCAGGAGUACAUAAUCUAAAUGGUGGUGGAACAUGUAUCUAAAAAUCUGUUGAGUAGUUUUAGAAAAGUCUUUUUACUUAUUGGAUUGUAUAUAUUGUAUCAAAAUUGUAAGCAAAAGUAUGAACUUGUUUCUUCUCUGCCUGAGUUUGAAUGUCAGGUGGCGCAGUAGUGCUGGGCGACAAGGUGAUGUCAUAAGUAACCCAGUGUCGCAAUCUGACAGUGAUUAACCACUGAUUGUUGUUGAUGUCGGGAGAGUAGGCUACACAAAAAGCAAGAGAAAGAUUUAUGAAUUCGCUUUUAGUUCAGUCAUUUGGCCAACAUUUCCGACACUUAAAAAAAAAGAAACAAACAAAAGCAUACAUUGAUAUUAUUAUGGUAACAGUGUAUGUACUAUAAACGCUGAUUAUAAUGGUGGUUUCUAGCUAUGGCUUAACAGAGGUUUGUGAACCACCUUCUUUAGAUAGUCCAUGACAUGUUUUUAAAUCAUAAUUAAAUCCAGCCUGCUGAUUGUCUAUUUUCCAAAGAGACUAAAAAAAACGAUGAUCAGCAAUUCCCCCCCAGCCCCCCUCGGCUGGCAAGUUUUAACACCAGCUAUUUGGUAGAUUAUCUGUGUUUUUCGUGCAUAUUUUAAUGUUAAAAUAUGACAUUCUUUUAGCUAUGACCCAGCCCUAGUGUGUAGUGUUCCCUGCUCCAGCCCAAACGCCACACUGCUGGCGGCCUUGGGGUCCUUUGGUCCACACGCAUCAGUCCUCUCUAUACCUUCUGCAGGUACCUCAUCACAGCCCAAAUUCACCUUAAGGUCCUGGUCCUCACCCUGUGUGCUUUCAGCCUUUCUGCAUCAAACUUUGGCCUUUAGGCUCAUGACCAUGCCGUAGCUUUCUCAGAACCUUGCUGGAAAGAUCACCAUGACAUUUCCUCCUAAGUAAAUUACCUACUCUGAUAAGAGCUCAUUUGUAUUGAAUGUUAUCAAUAAAGAUAGUGUUCCUGUAUCCCAUUAAAAGCUGGACAUCAGCAUUA